AUGGACCAAUUUUAUCACAACAACAACAAAUUUAAAGAUAUUCUUUUAUUGAAACCACGAUCAACAACUCCUACUAUUCCAAACUUCCAAGGUCCGGGGCCAACUAAACAAGAUGAUUUAGAAUUCAUAGCUAAUGGCGGAAGAUUACCUCAAGAAUCUUGA